GACCGAUCGAUCCGAUCUGGGGACAAGUCAGCGGUAUCGUGGGCUUGCCGGAGUUUCGCUUGGGGGGCAGUGGUUCGAUCUUGGCGAAGCUGGCGAUGGGAGCCAAUCAGUGGCUGAUUGAAGGUAUCAACGCCGACAUCAACGAUUUCACGAUCACCGGCCCCGCAACGAACAUCUACGAAAAGAAGCUCCGCGUCGAAGGAGGAGCCUUGGUCGACUGGGCCGGAAAUCAGUUCUCGAGCAAGCAGUUUACGGUUGUCGGGACAACCGUUUCCGCGCGGGCGAAUGAUGUUGUCGUUCCGCUUGCCAACGGAGGAACGGCGGCAGGGCAACUUGCUUAUCGAGUCGAUCUGAGUCGGGGAAUUCACUGGGUGUUGCCACCGGAAUGGUUAGGACAAAACCGCGUUGCCGGCGAAUUGGCAGGGACGAUGAAUCUAUCCAGCGACGCCAACGGUGUGGUGCUGCAAAAUGGUGGUCAGAUUGCCAACUGGGAAUUCGUCGUGCCGCAAACCAAUGGCCAACCAGGCACGCAGCCGCGAAUGCAGCCAGCCUCUUCGGGGCAGCCGGCAUUGGCUUGGCGUGAAGCGAACCUGGCCUACUCGCAGCAGCUAAGUUUGAACCGUGCGGAAGAUACCUUGGCGAUUCAUGAAUGCACCCUGCAAGGUUCCGCCUUGAAGCUGGCUGCCAGUGGUGGAGUGAGCCAGUUGUCGACGGCAGGAAACGUUUCUAUUCAAGGCCAACGCAAGUCGCGCUUUCAAUGGACCGGACCGCUAUGGGGCGGAGGCAAUCCCAAUGGACCGGAAUUGAAUAUCUCACCGGCAUGGGAAGCGGCCGGGGACGUGUCCUGGCAGCAAGCUUCGUUGUAUGGCAUUCCAGCUGGCGAGACCACGCUGAGUGCACAACUACGGCAAGGCAUCAUCCAGCUGACGGCCAACAGCCCAGAACUUAGUGGAGGGCAACUGUCGCUCAACUCGCAGUUGCUGCUCAAUGCGAAGCCAAUGCAGUGGCAAAUUCCGCAGGGCCGCGUCAUCGACAAC